AUGCUGGACGCCUGCUGCGCGCUCGCCCGCUGUUCGGCUCCAGUGCACACGCUCGCCGCGAGCCGCGCGCGCCUGCCGCAGGCUCGAGCCACGCCCGCGGAGGCCAUGGGCGGCAGCUCUUCCGCUCCCGCAGCGCACGCCGGUUCCGCGGCGUCGGAGCCGGGCGCGGCCCCACUGCCGAGCCAGGAGGGCUCCUCGCCAGCUGGCAGCUCGCAGGAGCAGGAGGCGAAGGCCCGGCCGCCAGACGGAGGGCAUGGCGCAGGCACGGGCGCCGCAGGCGCAGCGACGCCGGCCAUCGAGCAGGAGACCACGGCCGCCGCCGGCGCCGCUCCCGCGCACUCGCGGCGGCUGGCGAGGAUAGAGGCCACCGCGCGGCAGCGCGUCGCUGGGGUGCGGAUAGUGCUGGAGGACCUGCAGAACGACGGAAACCGGGCGGCCAUCCUGCGCUCGGUGGAGUCCCUCGGGCUGCUCUACGUGGAGGAGGUGGUACCAACAGCGGAUCCAUCAGAUGACCCACUUCCAGACGCUGGGCCACCGUCUGCGACGACCAAGCCCCGUAUUCGCCGGCGAGAUCCCCGAGCUAAACAAACCAGCAUCGUGAAUGGAGCCGAGAAGUGGCUCCACGUGACACGGCACUCGAGUGUGAAUGAGUUGCAGACGAAGAUGGAGGCUUUAGGUAUUCCCAUGCUCGCAGCCAUGCCGAUGCCAGACCAAGAUCUCGGGGAGCCUGAGGAUCCUGGAAAGGCACUUCCUAGACGAAGCCACGUAGCGCUCUGCGACGUCGAUUUCCGCCCGAAGGGCGGUGUUGCGCUCGUCUUCGGCAGCGAAGGAAGGGGGAUAUCCGGGGAGAUGCUGGCAGCCUGCGGCCACCGCUGCUUCUCGAUCCCAACACCUGGCAUGACAGAAAGCCUGAACGUGAGCGUCACCGUGGCGCUCUGCGCCUUCUGGGCGAGGGAGGCUCGCCUGUCGGCCGUUGCACCCGCCUCCGGGGGGACGUCGACGAGGGCCACCACCGACCUGGACGCGGGCGCGGCCGUGGCCCUUCAGGAGCAUUACCGCCGGCUCAGCGGGGAGCACAACUUCGUGAGGCGGGUCAAGAGGGGCGACGUCAAGGCGGCCGCCCGCGACGCCACCGGGGAUGCCGCCGACCAGCCCGGCCCCGCUGCCGCACUGGAGCCCCGCUCGAGGUGCCCGCCCUUCAGGAGGGACAUCAGCAUGUGGAUCCCGGACGCCUUCGUCGACAGCGACCUCCUGGAGGUGAUCCGUGGCGAGGGCGGGGACCAGGUCGAAGCGGUGGACUUGAUCGACGAGUUCACGGACGGGAAGACCGGCAGGAAGUCGAAGGCCUUCCGGGUGGUCUGGCGCGAUUCGUCUCGGGCCCUCACCAGCGAGGAGGUCAACGCGAGGCACGGGGCCGUGCUCAAGCGGGUCGUGGGCGAGCUGGCAGUGGAGCUGCGCUGA